AAUAUCUCCUAUCCUUAGGAUGUUUGCAAAAGCAACCAAGACUUUUGUGAAGGAGGUUGACUGUGGAGGAGACUUAAUCUCUGUGUCAUCCCUGAAUAACUUAGAUAAAUUACAGUUCCUGAACUUAGUCACAAAGAAAAAGAAAACUUGGUGCUGGCAAAAUCCAAAGUACCAUCUCUCAUCAGUUUCAUUGAAUGAUGUGCUUGCUGAAGAUAUGCAUGAACCUAUAAAACCAGUUAUUGUAGAGUCUGACUUUGUGAAGUAUGAAGGCAAGUUUGAAGACUGUAUCAGAGGAAGCAUAGAAACUUCAUUAGGAAGAAUUAAUUUAGGAACUGGAGAAAGCGAUGUUGUGGAAAGUCUGUCCUCUUUUGGAAAUCUUAAAAAGCAAGAAGUUGACUUGCACAAGCUUAUGAAAGUUGUGAAGGGAAGAUCAAUAAAUCUACAGACUCCAUUGUUGGAACAAAUGGCUGAAAAAAAGAAUGAUGUUCUUUGUAUCCUUACAGAAAAAAUAUUGACAACUCAGAAAUGUUUAGUAUCAGAACAUAUUCAAAAACAGGAAAAACUUGCUGGAAUGGUCGGAAUAAGUACAAAAAUUAUAAAGGUAUCAGUGAGUGAAAAUGGGAAUGUGAUCAAGAACUCUAAUGUGGUAUUGGAGAUCCCUGCUCCAACUACAAUUGCUUAUGCUGUAAUAGAAUUGUAUAUAAAGCGCAAUGGUCAAUUUGAAUUAUGCCUCCUUCAUGACCAACAAGGUGGUUUUGAAAGGGGAACUAUGGAGGAACCAUCUUACCAUUCUUUGGCCUGCAAAGAUGCUUGCUGCCCUCAUCUUUUUGAUGUUGUGGAUAAUGAGAAACUGUCUGGACCUGAAAGCCCUAUUCCAGGUGGUGCUUCACUUAACAUUCUAAGCAAAGAUAUCCUCCAAUUAAAGACCCAAUUCCAACCUUUUAUGAAUCUAUCAGAAGAAAAGCAGAGAGCUUUAUACAAAAUGGUUUGUGACCUUUUGCUUCAUGAAGAAACAGUGAUGCAACUAGAAAAUGUGCUGGACAGUAUAUAUUCUGAGGGGAGUUCAGGCAUCAUAGCAAUGGAGGAAUUAAAGUCACCAGAGAAACCAUGUUUAGAAGAAUUUCUGCAGCUUGUGGGUGUACAAUUACAGAGCAAACAGCAGAUUCACAAUAAGGAGCUUUUCCUAGCUGCUCAUUUCUUCCUCAGUGCAUUGGCAGAACUGUCAAGUUAUUCCCUAGUGCUGCUGCUAGCCUGCUGUGACCUCCAGCUUGUCCGUACACUGUAUUGCUUGCCUAAUAUGACCUCAGAAGAUGGUACAUUGACACUUGCAGAUCCCAUACUGGCUCCACUUGCUGACCCAGGAAGGUUUCGGAUAGCACAGAGGCUAUUUGCUUUAUCAAACAUUAACCUUGAAAUGACAGACUCUUCCAUCAAAGCUGCAACCAUGAAAAAAUCCCAUUUUCCCCCAAUUGUUUUAUAUAUAGCAUUGAAUGGCCUCCAUGCAUUAGGCUAUGAAAAAGACAUAUGAUGAAGCUGUUUGAAUAGUUUAAUACUACAACUGUCUCCGUUUAAUGCCUCUUAGUGAUGAACCCACUAGAUUUGCGUCCAUGCAAUUGAAAUAUGUGCCAAUGGGCUGCGUUAUUGGAGCAAGGCGAAUGCCUAAAUUACUUAUAUGAAUGAAAAGAUCCAAAUAUAAAAAAGCCAUGCAGGGAUACUUGGUGAGAUGUUUAACAUUCCUGUAUUACUUUAAAGUUUAGAAAGAUUACAUGUCCUUACUUUUCAGCCAUUUAUUCAACAACCAUUCAAAGUUAUAACAGUGCUGAAAAAAGUAAUUUUAUGGCUCAUUUACUGCCAUUCACUACCUUCACAGCAUCCCUCAGCCAUAUGAAUUUCAUUAGUCAGUAUGUACUGUCUUUUUUCCCCUUUCACAGCCCCCCCCUCCCCCAUAGAGAUUGGGGAGAAAGAUUUCAACAAAGCAAGCCUUUUGCUGUUCUACAUAUCAAAAGCAAGCAUUGUGAUAGCACUGGCAGCAGGGAAGAAUCAGGCAAAGAAGAGAUUGCCUGC